CGCCUGUCUAGCGGUUGCAGUGCAUUUAGAGUGGAGACGGCGGCUGGGGUCCAGUGCUUGUCAGUGCCGUGUUGGACGCCAGAGUGAGGACACAAUGUCAGAAGAACCACCUCCUCCAUAUCCUGGGGGACCUUCUGCUCCAUUGCUAGAAGAGAAAUCAGGGCAACCACCAUCAACAGGGUAUAUGUCACCUGCUGCUACUACUGCUACCACCAUUCAACCUCAAGGGUAUUCUAUGCCACCAGAUGGUGGGCCACCUCCUUAUGAGCCAAUGCCUCAACCAGGAUUUGUGCCCCUUCACACACCAGCAGAAGGUGCCGUGCCAUUGCAACCACAUGGAUACUAUCCAGCUGCUGGACCGUACCCACCUUCAGGUCAAUUUAUACCUCCUGGCCAUUAUCCACCUCCUCCUGGGCACUAUCCCCCUCAUGGUGGACAAACAGCAACUGUUAUAGUCCCCCCUGGUGCAGCAACAACAGUGACUGUGCUUCAAGGGGAGAUGUUUCAAGCUGCACCAGUCCAAACUGUAUGCCCUCACUGUCAGCAGGCUAUCACGACCAAGAUCACUUAUGAGCUAGGCUUAUUGAAUACGUUAUUCUGCCUCUUUUGCUGUUUUAUGGGGUGUGACCUGGGCUGCUGCUUAAUCCCAUGUUUGAUAGAUGACCUGAAGGAUGUGAUGCAUACUUGUCCAAACUGUAAAGCUUAUAUAUAUACAUACAAGCGUGUGUGUUAACGCCAAUCCUGGCUCUGUUCAAACCUUAAAAACGAUAAACUUAACAUUAACUUUUUGUUUCUAUUUACACACAUGAUGCAGCAUUGUCUUGUGCUGUCCAACAAACUGUGAAUGCCUUAUCUGCAGAUUAUAUGAUUAAGAUGAAGAUUUAAUUAAUGUAUUAAUAUAAUAUCAGUAGAAAAGUUUUUGUCCUAAUUUAAAUCAGAAAACAAUAUUUCAUUGCACUUCAACUUAUGAAAUUCCCAGUAAAGGAAACCCUAUGGCUAGCACCUUUUUAUGAUAUUCAGUUUAAAAUCUUGAGCAAGUUGAAUAUUGAUGUGGAUUAUUGUGCUAAAUAGUGUUUGAGAAUUAAAAAUAAGUAUCUAACUUAGGAUAUCUUUCAACAGUCAGCCUUUUGUCCCAAAAUAUUGCCGACUGCUGCAAUAUUUUUGUGAUGUUUAUAUUGAACAUGUACAGUUUAAUAUAAUGUGCUCUAUAGAAUAUACACAAGUUAAAAUGCACACUUUAAACCCCAGGGAGAAAUGUUUUGUUGUCUGACACAGGUUGCUGCUUCAUGGGAGCACAUGCAUGGAAGUGUUUUGUAAUAUGAUGUGCAUUCUAGUCAUUUAAAUACUUGUCAUCAGUGUUUUUUUUUCCAAAUCUUUCCUGAUACAGACCUAUCAAGUCUGAAUUUCUAAACAGUUGGUAAAUGCUGGGAAAGAUACCAAGGUUAAAAUGAAGGCCAAUUUAAGAAAAGCAUUGUUUAUUUUGGAGAGAUUAAAUGUUUAUAAAGAGCUGUACUAUGGUUUUGAAAGUAUUUUAUUGUUGCCAUUCUAGUUUAGUUUAAGACAAACUUUCUGAGCCAUGACGAUGUGUUAUUGUGAUUAUAGUGCACUCGCAUCAUUCAAAAUCAUUUUAAUGGAACUUGAAUAGAGGAUAUUUUUUUAAAAAAAUAACAUCACCUGUAAGCUUUCAGUCUAAAUGUGUAGCUUAGAUUUUGUGGAUCCAAAGAAUGUUUUUUCUUCCAGAUUUGAGGAAUAUUGUCUGUUAAGAAUGACUGUCAGGAUCUUCAUGAAUGUUCUUUAUAGUAGUGUUUGGAAAUACUGUACAGUGCAGAAAUCUUUGACAUGUUCAGAAUAUAAAUGUAGUAAAAUAUCUACACAUGCAGCUUGCAAGUAUUGCCUUUGCUAAGACUUUGCUGCAUAUCUAAAUUUGCACUUUUAUUUAUUGUCUCUAUUAUGCAUCAUGAACUUACAAAAAGUAUUAAAUGUUUUUCUGCUUUCAAAAUAGGUUACUGGGAUACAAAUGUAAUAGAAGAAUGCAUUAAUUUUUCAGAGUGCACAAGAAGGAUUAUGCAUGUGGCUGACUUUAUCCUACCUAAUAUGCUGUGGCUUAAUGUAUCUACCAUAACCACCUUUUGGGUUAAAACAAACUACUUGAUGAGAUGCUGCAGCUGUUGCUAGUUGGAAAACAUUAAGCAUUUCUAAAUAAAUAUAUUACUAAUAUCUCAAAUUUUUAUUCAUUGAGUGUUUCUGAUGUCAUCACAAUUGUUAGCAAUGUCAAAAUGUUGAGCAAAUUUACUUAGAUUUAAGUCCCUGUCAGUUCAUGAGUAAAUCAUUGAAAGGCUAUAGCAGUAGGUUAUUUGCACAUAGGUCACACUUUUAUAUCACUUUAAUUUACAUUAUAUGUUGCAUACAGGAUCACUUGUAAAAUGAAGACCAAGAUUGAAACAAUUCCCUUUUUCAAAAUUACAGCCAGUUCUAAGUAUGGAUUGUUUAACUAAAAUGUUGUUCAUCAAUAAAUCAUGCAUAUGGAAGAGGACAGCGAGGCUUGAGAGGAAGUGCGGCGGCGGCCAUUUUCAAAUUAUCCAAUUGCUUCUCAGAUCGGAGUUCUGAGAGGCAGGACUGCGCAGGCGCGUGAAGGAGGCCCGGGAAGGAGGGAAGAUACAUAAAGGAGAUACUGAGUGAGGUAGUUCUCUUUUGGAAGAGGACAGCGAGGCUUGAGAGGAAGUGCGGCGGCGGCCAUUUUCAAAUUGUCCAAUUGCUUCUCAGAUCGGAGUUCUGAGAGGCGGGACUGCGCAGGCGCGUGAAGGAGGCCCGGGAAGGAGGGAAGAUAUAUAAAGAACGCCGCCUUAAGAAGCGGGCAGCUUCGUUUGCGGGCAGUGGAGUGAGCCGGGCGCAGAGUGUAGGGCUUGGGCUCAGAGGACUUAGGCGGAAGAGGGCACAGUAGGCUUAUCUUUUAGUUCUUGUAUUUUCAGUUAUUUGGGAGGUAUGAGUGUGAGGGCAGCUUGUUGUUCUCGGUGUCGGAUGUGGGAGAUCCUGGAGUCUCCGAGCCUCCCGGACGUCCACAUCUGCGCCAGGUGCGCCAAACUGAAGCUCCUGAGGGACCGAGUUAGGGAACUGGAGCUGCAGCUCGAUGACCUUCGCCUGGUCAGGGAGAGUGAGGAGGUGAUAGAGAGGAGUUACAGGCAGGUGGUCACUCCGGGACCACGGGAGGCAGAUAGGUGGGUUACAGUCAGGAAGGGGAAGAGGCAGGUACUAGAGAGUACCCCAGUGGCUGUACCCCUUGACAAUAAGAUUACUCAUGUUUGAGUACUGUUGGGGGGGACAGCCUACCUGGUGGGAGUGACAGUGGCCGAGCCUCCGGCACAGAGGACGGCCCUGUAGCUCAGAAGGGUAGGGUUAGAAGAAAGAGGUCCAUAGUAAUAGGGGACUCAAUAGUCGGGCUCAGACAGGUGUUUCUGUGGAGGUGACCGGGAGUCCUGGAUGGUAAUUUGCCUCCCUGGUGCCAGGGUUCGGGACGUUUCUGAUCGCGUCCAAGAUAUCUUGAAGUGGGAGGGUGAAGAGCCAGAGGUCGUGGUACAUGUAGGUACCAAUGACAUAGGAAGGAAAGGGGAAGAGGUCCUGAAACGAGAGUAUAGGGAGUUAGGAAGGCAGUUAAGAAGAAGGACCGCAAAGGUAGCAAUCUCGGGAUUACUGACUGUGCCACGCGACAGUGAGAGUAGGAAUAGAAUUAGGUGGAGGAUAAAUGCGUGGCUGUGGGAUUGGAGCAGGGGGCAGGGAUUCAAGUUUCUGGAUCAUUGGGACCUCUUCUGGGGCAGGAGUGACCUGUUCAAGAAGGACGGGUUGCACUUGAAUCGUGGGGGGACCAAUAUCCUAGCGGGGAGGUUUGCUGGGGCUACAGGGCGGACUUUAAACUAGUAAGAUGGGGGGGGGGGGCGGGAGACUAUUUGAGGAGACUAUGGGAGAGGAGGUUAGUUCACCAGUGAAGCAAGUAAAUAGACAGUGUGUGAGGGAGGAAAGGCAGGUGAUGGUGAAGGGAUGCGCUCAGCCCGAAGAUGUAGGGGAGAAGAAAGAAAAGGAUAAUAAAUUUGAAUGCAUUGUUAGGGAUGGAAAGAGAGGAGGAGAUGGAGAGUAUCUUAAAUGUAUCUAUUUUAAUGCAAGGAGCAUUGUAAGAAAGGUGGAUGAGCGUAAAGCGUGGAUUGAUACCUGGAAUUAUGAUGAUGUAGCUAUUAGUGAAACAUGGUUGCAGGAAGGGUGUGAUUGGCAACUAAAUAUUCCUGGAUUUAGUUGCUUCAGGUGUGAUAGAGUAGGAGGGGCCAGAGGAGGAGGUGUUGCAUUGGUUGUCCGAGAAAAUCUUAUGGCGGUGCUUUGGAAGGAUAGAUUAGAGAGCUCCUCUAGGGAGGCCAUUUGGGUGGAAUUGAAGAAUGGGAAAGAUGCAGUAACACUGAUAGGAGUGUAUUAUAGGCCACCUAAUGGGGCGUGUGAGUUGGAAGAGCAAAUGUGUAAGGAGAUAGCAGAUAUUUGUAGUAAACACAAGGUGGUGAUUGUGGGAGAUUUUAAUUUUCCACACGUAGACUGGGAAGCUCAUUCUGUAAAAGGGCUGGAUGGUUUAGAGUUUGUGAAAUGUGUGCAGGAUAGUUUUUUGCAACACUACAUAGAAGUACCAACUAGAGAUGGGGCAGUGUUGGAUCUCCUGUUAGGGAAUGUGAUAGGUCAGCUGACAGAUGUAUGUGUUGGGGAGCACUUUGGGUCCAGUGAUCACAAUAGCAUUAGCUUCAAUAUAAUUAUGGAGAAGGACAGGACUGGACCUAGAGUUGAGAUUUUUGAUUGGAGAAAGGCUAACUUUGAGGGGAUGCGAAGGGAUUUAGAGAGAGUGGAUUGGGUCAAGUUGUUUUAUGGGAAGGAUGUAAUAGAGAAAUGGAGGUCAUUUAAGGGUGAAAUUAUGAGGGUACAGAAUCUUUAUGUUCCUGUUAGGGUGAAAGGAAAGGUUAAAGGUUUGAGGGCACCAUGGUUUUCAAGGGAUAUUAGAAAUUUGGUUCAGAAAAAGAGGGAUGUCUACAAUAGAUAUAGGCAGCAUGGAGUAAAGGAAUUGCUCGAGGAAUAUAAAGAAUGUAAAAGGAAUCUUAAGAAAGAGAUUAGAAAAGCUAAAAGAAGAUACGAGGUUGGUUUGGCAAAUAAGGUGAAAGUAAAUCCGAAAGGUUUCUACAGUUAUAUUAAAAGCAAGAGGAUAGUGAGGGAUAAAAUUGGCCCCUUAGAGAAUCAGAGUGGUCAGCUAUGUGUGGAACCGAAGGAGAUGGGAGAGAUUUUGAAUGAUCUCUUCGGUAUUCACUAAAGAGAAGGAUAUUGAAUUGUCUAAGGUGUGAGGAAAAAAGUUAUGGAACCUAUGACAAUUAAAGAGGUGGAGGUACUGGCGUUUUUAAGAAAUUUAAAAGUGGAUAAAUCUCCGGAUCCUGACAGGAUAUUCCCCAGGACCUUGAGGGAAGUUUGUGUAGAAAUAGCAGGAGCUCUGACGGAGAUCUUUAAUAUGUCAUUAGAAACGGGGAUUGUGCCGGAGGAUUGGCGUAUUGCUCAUGUGGUUCCAUUGUUUAAAAAGGGUUCUAGAAGGAAGCCUAGCAAUUAUAGACCUGUCAGUUUGACAUCAGUGGUGGGUAAAUUAAUGGAAAGUAUUCUUAGAGAUAGUAUUUAUAAUUAUCUGGAUAGACGGGAUCUGAUUAGAAGUAGCCAGCAUGGAUUUGUGCGUGGAAGGUCAUGUUUGACAAACCUUAUUGAAUUUUUUGAAGAAGUUACGAGGAAUGUUGACGAGGGUAAGGCAGUGGAUGUAGUCUAUAUGGACUUCAGCAAAGCCUUUGACAAAGUUCCACAUGGAAGGUUAGUUAAGAAGGUUCAGUCGUUAGGUAUUAAUGCUGGAGUAAUAAAAUGGAUUCAACAGUGGCUAGAUGGGAGAUACCAGAGAGUAGUGGUGGAUAAUUGUUUAUCGGGAUGGAGGCCGGUGACUAGCGGGGUGCCUCAGGGAUCUGUUUUGGGCCCAAUGUUGUUUGUAAUAUACAUAAAUGAUCUGGAUGAUGGGGUGGUAAAUUGGAUUAGUAAGUAUGCCGAUGAUACUAAGGUAGGAGGUGUUGUGGAUAAUGAGGUGGAUUUUCAAAGCUUGCAGGGAGAUUUAUGCCGGUUAGAAGAAUGGGCUGAACGUUGGCAGAUGGAGUUUAAUGCUGAGAAGUGUGAGGUUCUACAUUUCGGCAGGAAUAAUCCAAAUAGAACAUACAGAGUAAAUGGUAGGGCAUUGAGGAAUGCAGAGGAACAGAGAGAUCUAGGAAUAACUGUGCAUAGUUCCCUGAAAGUGGAGUCUCAUGUAGAUAGGGUGGUGAAGAGGGCUUUUGGAACGCUGGCCUUUAUAAAUCAAAGCAUUGAGUACAGAAGUUGGGAUGUAAUGCUAAAGUUGUACAAGGCAAUGGUAAGGCCAAAUUUGGAAUAUUGUGUGCAGUUCUGGUCACCGAAUUAUAGGAAAGAUAUCAAUAAAUUAGAGAGAGUGCAGAGACGAUUUACUUGGAUGUUACCUGGGUUUCAGCAAUUAAGUUACAGAGAAAGGUUGAACAAGUUAGGUCUCUAUUCAUUGGAGCGUAGAAGGUUGAGGGGGGAUUUGAUCGAGGUAUUUAAAAUUUUGAGAGGGAUAGAUAGAGUUGAUGUGAACAGGCUGUUUCCAUUGAGAGUAGGGGAGAUUCAAACUAGAGGACAUGAUUUGAGAGUUGGGGGGCAGAAGUUUAAGGGAAACACGAGGGGGUAUUUCUUUACUCAGAGUGAUAGCUGUGUGGAAUGAGCUUCUUGUAGAAGUAGUAGAGGCCAGUUCAGUUGUGUCAUUUAAGGUAAAAUUGGAUAGGUAUAUGGACAGGAAAGGAGUGGAGGGUUAUGGGCUGGGUGCGGGUAGGUGGGACUAGGUGAGAUUAAGGGUUCGGCACGGACUAGGAGGGCCAAGAUGGCCUGUUUCCGUGCUGUGAUUGUUAUAUAGUUAUAUAUUUAUACCAAUAUUUAAUAAUUAUGUUAUACAGGAGUAAGCUGAUUGUUCCAACUAUGAUGGAGAUGCAGGUACAGGAUUAAUAUCUGAUGCAGUAUUUUGCUGAUCGGACAGUUUAAAUCAGUUUCACGAGUAGGUUCCCUGUGUGAUCGUUAAGUAUUGGAUUCUUUUGAAAGAGGGCCUAUUUAAAAACAUCUUACAUAAUUGCAAGAGGACCUUUAAGUGCUUCUGUGUCAGAAAAGUAUGAAAAUUCCAUUUUUAAAUUAGUCUUGACUGAUGUAAUUACUUUUUGUACAAGUCAACAAUAUAAAGCCACAACUCCAAAGCAUGGGGUAGACAAUAGAAAUGAAGGAUAAAUUUUCUUUAAACGCUGUUGUUUGUUUUGCAUACCAGUGAAUAAUUUAUUUUAUGUCCUUUUCUUUUGAAAUGAGUAGUACUUAUCUGUCUGGUGUGUAAAUCUUCUAAUAUGUUUUGAUAUUUUUGUUAAUUUAAGAGGCUAUGUAUAUUAUGAAAAGCUUUUUGUUAGAUUAUGCCUUGCAAUGUCUAUUUUUUCUGUAACAUUGUGUACAAAUUAAAAUAUGUAUAUUCAUGUAUUAUGUAUAAUUAUUUACACCUUGGAAGCUAAUAAAUGCCAAUAGCACUA